AUGCCAGCUGGAGAUGUCCUGGCGGACAUCCGAUGUCCAAUACACUGGGUCCAUAGACACUGCUCGGGAUUAGGACUACUGGAUCUGAAGAGGCAUUGGCAACUCAGCGACGACGAAUUGGACAGUGAAAGCCAGCUGGACUGCAACUACGAAGGACCUUCAAUGGAUUAUGAGUCCUUCCCGCAAGCUACAAGAGCAAAGUCCCUCGUCAACUAUUCGCUUUGGUCACUAUCCUGCAAGAUGUGGGAUGCGGGGAGUGUCGAACUGGAUAUUUUACCAACACUGUACAUCAACAACAGUGCAAGGAACCAAGCCAGAAGCUGA